ACCUGAUAUAAUAGACUCUGCGAUCCUCCGUCCAGGGAGGCUGGACCAGCUCAUCUACAUCCCUCUACCAGACACAGCCUCCCGUACCGCCAUCCUGAACGCCAACCUACGCAAGUCCCCAAUCGCCAGAGAUGUAGACCUGCCCUACCUGUCUGGUAUCACCCAGGGUUUCAGUGGGGCAGACCUGACAGAGAUCUGCCAGAGGGCCUGUAAGCUGGCCAUCAGAGAGGCCAUAGAGGCUGAGAUCAAAGCAGAGCGCCAGAGGCAGACCCACCCAGGCACCGCCAUGGAUGAGGACUGUGACCCUGUUCCAGAGAUCAGGAAGGAUCACUUUGAGGAGGCCAUGAGGUUCGCCCGGCGCUCCGUCAGCGACAAUGAUAUCAGGAAGUAUGAGAUGUUCGCCCAGACACUACAGCAGAGCAGAGGCUUUGGGAACUUCAGAUUCCCAUCUGGCUCUCAGUCCGGAGGUCAAGGGUCGGGGUCAGGGUCAGGGGGACAGUUCAGAGACGAGGUAGAGGACGACCUCUACCAGUGAGAAGGAAGACUUGUAAUCCUGGAGACAACCACCUCUAUCACACCUGCCUGCAUAUGAUGUGGAACUCUGGAUCAAUUAGAUUGUUGUGGGAAUCAAAUACGGACAGAAUAACUUUUAACAGCACAUAACGUUUGUGCUUCUCAGCUUAUCGGUGCAGUCUUAAAUGUUUCUCAUAAUAACUGCUGCAUCAUAAUAACUGCUGCAUCAUAACAACUGCUGAUUCAUAACAACUGCUGCAUCAUAAUAACUGCUGCAUCAUAAUAACUGCUGCAUCAUAAUAACUGGUGCAUCAUAAUAACUGGUGCAUCAUAAUAAC